GAUCAGAGUGAUUUAGUUGUUGCAAAGAUUUGAAAAGUGAAACAUUGCUAAAUAAUAUGGUGGCUGCUGAAAACAUUUUGAGAUCGGUGGAACAUGUCAGUGAAGCAUCUAAGGCGAGAAUACCUUUUCCCAUGAAAAGAUAUGCCACGGAGGGUAAAAAUAUUCCCUUGAAGAAAAACUGGUCAGAGACUUGGUGUACUUUAUCGGCUCAUUUUGAGACAGUGUGUGAUCAAUAUUUCAAUUUGGAAUUGCGUAAAGAUGAUGUCUUUGUGGUGACAUUUAUGAAGUGUGGUACUACUUGGAUGCAGGAGUGUGCUUGGUUGUUGCUGAAUAAUUUGGAUUAUGAGAAAUCUAAAGAAGAGGUUGUUAUGAUCAGGAGUCCCUUUUUAGAUUUUCACAGCAUUAUGCCAGGUCUUUUAAAUCAUGUUGAGUUGAUUGAGAAACUACCCAGUCCCCGUUUAAUUAAAUCCCAUUUACCGGCCAAUUUGUUGCCUCUACAGGUCUGGGAAAAGAAACAAAAGAUCAUUUAUGUGGCUCGCAAUGCUAAGGAUGUCAUAGUAUCCUCCUUCCACUUUGUUAAAAACUUAGAUAUGUGGCGUGGUGAUAAUUUCCAUGAUUAUGUCGAUGACUUUCUUAAUAAUGAAAUUAUUUACACGCAUUUCUGGUCGCAUAUAGUAGACUUUUGGAAAAUGCGCGAUGAGUCCUUUAUAUUCUUUGUCACCUAUGAAGAAAUGAAACGUGAUUUGGCAAAUGUUUUGCAAAGACUGUGCUUGUUCCUAGAAAGACCUCAAUUGUCGGAGAAAGAAAUGGAAGGACUUUUACAACAUUUAUCGUUUGAUAGUAUGAAAAAGAAUAAGAAAACCAAUCUGACCGAUUUACUUAGAGAUGACAAUCCUGCUGUUAAAGAAGAAUUUCAAUUUAUGCGUCGCGGCAUAGUGGGUUCCUUUAAAGAUGAGCUCACUCCAGAAUUGAUUGCUAAAAUCGAUAAAUGGUCUGGUGAAUUUUUAGCUCAACAUGGUUUAAAGGAAGAGGAUAUUUUUGGUAAAAUUUAGAUUUCAAUAGUGUUAGUGGAAAAAUGUUUUUAAUAUGUAAAGUUUUAAAUUUAAGUUAAUAAAACCUGUGAUUUUACCUGUCUUCGAAAAGUA